UUUGAUUUAGUUUCAUCGAAAUAAAAAAAUCAGAUAUUUUGCGAAUCUCCUUCUUCUUCUUCCUAGGAUUUUUAAUUUUCCUAGAAAAUUACUCAAUUUUCUUCUCUUCCAUACCAAACAAUUUUUCUUUUUCUUUUUGUUGUAAUACAUAAAAUUCGGUCAAGAAAUGAUACUAGUACGCUGAAAGUCGUCGUUCAAAGUUGGGUUUUUCAUAAUAAAAAAAAAAAACACUCGUUCCUCCUCCUUGCCGAGUUGCUAAAUCAAAUGAUAUAACUACUUCUGAAAAUUCGGCAUUUCUCUCUCGAAUUCUUCAUUCAAUAGUAGUUCUUAGCACACACAAAGAAAAUCUUCAUUCUUUCAUUAUUUUCAUUCUUGACCCACCCAAUUUUUUUUUUCCUGGGUUUUACGCCAUUGUCGAGAGUUUUACAGAGAUAUUUCAGACUGUGAGAAAAAAAGACAAGAGAUAUGGCAAGGUGUCGGAGAAGAAGAUUACAUCUGAGCAAUAUUUACGCCUUCAAGGGUCGUAAAUCGACUUUUCAAGAAGAUCAUUCACAUAUAGGAGGACCAGGUUUCUCUCGAGUUGUUUACUGCAACGAGCCUAAUUCUCCGGCGGCGGAACGGCGUAACUACGCCGGCAACUAUGUCCGGUCAACGAAAUACACGCCGGCUUCUUUCAUACCCAAAUCUCUCUUCGAACAGUUCCGUCGUGUCGCCAAUUUCUACUUCCUCGUCACCGGAAUGUUGUCGUUGACUUCUCUCUCCCCGUACAGCCCCGUUAGUGCUCUGUUACCUCUCGCCUUCGUCAUCGCCGCCAGUAUGGUUAAAGAAGCAAUCGAGGAUUGGGGACGAAAACGACAGGAUAUAGAAGUGAAUAACAGGAAAGUGAAGGUUCAUGACGGAAAUGGAAUAUUCCGGUUUGAUGAAUGGAGGAAUCUUAAAGUCGGAGAUAUAGUGAGAGUCGAAAAAGACGAGUUUUUUCCGGCGGAUCUUUUGCUUCUGUCGUCGAGCUACGAAGACUCGAUUUGCUACGUAGAGACGAUGAAUCUCGACGGAGAGACGAAUCUGAAAGUGAAACAAGGUUUAGAGGCGACGUCGUCGGCUUUACACGAGGAUUCCGAUUUCAAGGAUUUAAAAGCCGCCGUGAGAUGCGAAGACCCAAACGCGGAUCUCUAUACGUUCGUCGGGACAUUACAUUUGGAAGAACAGAGACUUCCAUUGUCGAUUCAACAGCUUCUUCUUCGAGAUUCCAAGCUUCGAAACACAGAGUAUGUUUACGGAGCUGUUGUCUUCACUGGACACGACACAAAGGUGAUUCAAAAUUCAACCGACCCUCCGUCGAAGAGAAGUAGAAUCGAGAGGAAAAUGGACAAAAUCAUCUACAUGAUGUUCGGUGUUGUGUUUCUGAUGUCGUUCGUUGGCUCCAUCGUCUUCGGUAUCGAGACAGGAGAAGAUAUGGAGAGAAACGGACGAUGGUACUUAAAACCAGAAGAUGCAGAGAUCUUCUUCGAUCCAGAAAGAGCUCCAAUGGCUGCCAUUUACCAUUUCUUCACAGCGGUCAUGCUCUACAGUUACUUCAUCCCUAUCUCGCUUUACGUUUCCAUCGAAAUCGUGAAAGUUCUUCAGAGCGUUUUCAUCAACAACGACAUUAAUAUGUACUACGAGGAAACGGAUAAACCGGCGCACGCAAGAACGUCUAAUCUCAACGAAGAGCUCGGGAUGGUCGACACGAUUCUAUCCGAUAAAACCGGAACCUUGACCUGCAACUCCAUGGAGUUUAUCAAGUGUUCGAUCGCCGGAACUGCUUACGGACGCGGUAUAACCGAAGUUGAAAGAUCUAUGGCUAUGAGAAGCGGCGGUUCGGCUUUGGUUGAUGAUGAUCUAGAUGUUGUGGUCGACCGGUCUGGUCCUAAGAUCAAAGGGUUUAACUUCGUGGACGAGAGAGUUAUGAAAGGGAAUUGGGUUAAGCAACGAGAAGCAGCUGUCCUGCAGAAGUUCUUCAGGUUGUUGGCCGUGUGUCACACGGCUAUACCCGAAACAGAUGAAGCCACCGGGACCGUCUCUUACGAAGCUGAGUCUCCUGACGAAGCUGCGUUUGUCGUCGCGGCACGAGAGCUCGGGUUUGAGUUCUUUAGCCGGACGCAAAACGGGAUUUCGUUCCGUGAGUUGGAUCUUGCAACAGGGCAGAAAGUUGAAAGUGUGAUGUUUGAAAGACUUGCGAAAAACGGGCGUAAAUUCGAAGAGAAGACACGAGAACACGUCAACGAAUAUGCAGAUGCAGGGCUAAGGACAUUGAUACUUGCUUACCGCGAGGUUGAUGAGAAUGAGUAUAUAGAAUUCACCAAGAAAUUCAACGAAGCUAAGAACUCGGUGACAGCGGAUCGUGAGAGCUUAAUCGAUGAAGUCACUGAUAAGAUGGAACGCGAUUUGAUUCUCCUUGGUGCUACUGCUGUUGAGGACAAGCUUCAAAAUGGGGUUCCAGAAUGUAUCGACAAGCUUGCUCAAGCUGGAAUAAAGAUUUGGGUUCUAACAGGAGACAAAAUGGAGACUGCAAUCAAUAUCGGAUUUGCUUGUAGUUUACUUAGACAAGAGAUGAAGCAGAUCGUUAUAAAUCUUGAGACACCACAUAUCAAAGCAUUGGAGAAAGCUGGAGAGAAAGAUGUGAUUGAACAGGCAUCGAGAGAGAGCGUCGUGAAGCAAAUGGAAGAAGGUAAAGCUCUAAUCACAGGAUCAAGCGGCACAGGCUCUCACGAGGCAUUUGCGUUGAUCAUUGACGGGAAGUCGCUAACGUACGCUCUUGAAGAUGACUUCAAGAAAAAGUUUCUUGAUUUAGCCACAGCAUGUGCCUCUGUUAUCUGCUGCAGAUCAUCACCUAAACAAAAGGCAUUGGUUACGCGGUUGGUCAAAACUGGAACAGGGAAGACAACUUUGGGGAUUGGAGAUGGAGCAAAUGAUGUUGGAAUGCUACAAGAAGCAGAUAUCGGUGUCGGAAUCAGCGGCGUUGAGGGAAUGCAAGCGGUUAUGUCAAGCGAUAUAGCCAUUGCUCAGUUCCGAUACUUAGAGCGUCUCUUGCUCGUCCAUGGCCACUGGUGUUACAGUAGAAUCUCAUCUAUGAUAUGUUACUUCUUCUACAAGAAUAUCACAUUUGGUGUCACCGUGUUCUUAUACGAAGCCUACACGUCCUUCUCUGCUCAACCAGCAUAUAACGACUGGUUUCUAUCGCUUUUUAACGUCUUCUUCUCUUCCCUUCCCGUCAUUGCUCUUGGAGUUUUCGAUCAAGACGUCUCAGCUCGCUUUUGUUACAAGUUCCCAUUGCUAUACCAAGAAGGAGUUCAGAACCUUCUCUUCAGCUGGAAGAGAAUCAUCGGAUGGAUGUUCAACGGACUCAUCACGGCGCUCGCCAUUUUCUUCUUCUGCAAGGAAUCUCUCAAGCACCAACUCUACAACCCUAACGGCAAAACCGCCGGCCGGGAAAUAUUCGGCGGGACAAUGUACACUUGCGUGGUCUGGGUCGUAAAUCUCCAGAUGGGUUUGGCCAUAAGCUAUUUCACUUGGGUUCAACACAUUGUGAUAUGGGGCUCAGUCGCUUUCUGGUACAUUUUCCUUAUGAUCUAUGGUGCCAUCGCUCCUAGCUUCUCCACAGAUGCUUACAAAGUCUUCCUGGAAACCCUAGCUCCGGCUCCGUCUUACUGGCUAACCACUCUCUUUGUGAUGAUCUUCGCUUUGAUCCCUUACUUCGUCUUCAAAUCGAUUCAGAUGAGAUUCUUCCCCGGUUACCAUCAAAUGAUUCAGUGGAUCCGGUACGAGGGUCAUUCUAAUGAUCCUGAAUUUGUGGAAAUGGUUAGGCAAAGAUCCAUUCGACCUACAACGGUUGGUUUCACGGCGAGAAGAGCCGCUAGCGUACGGCGAUCCGGUAGGUUUCAUGAUCAGCUCAAGAAGAAUUUCAUUGCUUUCUGAAGAGAAGAGAAAUAGAAGUGUGUCAGUGUUUGUGCAUAUGUACUUGUGUAUAGUCCUUAUAGAUUUUUUGAUUCCUUGAUUGAGGAGUCAUAAAACGGGGAUCGCUUCACUUGUAUAUGUAUGUAUAUAUUUGGUUUGGCUGAAUUAUUAUCAUCGAUUACUAGUUUUAUGUAUAUAAUUUAAACCUAUAUUUCGACUUUUCAUUGGAGAAGUCCACAUAAUAUUAAAUAUUUUAAUGUCACAAGAGAAGUU